AUGGCCAAGGUAUUCAAGGGACUGUUGGCCGAAUUGGUAUUUGGAUUCUUUAACAAAGAAUCUGGAAUUCUGAAGGAUUUGAAGGACUUGUGUGAGGUGUUGGGCAACACACUCUUGGAUGAAGUUGUGGGUGUUGCCACUAUCGAUGAGGACUUGGAUCGGAAAGUUGUGCAAGAGACCAGUGAUGUGAAGGGUUCAUGGAGAGGAUUGGCUGGUCAAGGCGUGGAAGGAGAUCUUUGGGGGAGGGGUGUCGAUGGGUUUUGGAUCAAUGGGUACGGAGUGAGGAUCACCAUCAGCGAGAGGGAGGUCAUCGGUGGGGUCAUUGGAGGUGAAGAGAAGGAACUGCCAAGGAUAGAAACGGCUGAAAGGUUAUCAAUCGGACCCUUACUUUUGAAUAAGUGGGCUUUGGAGAGGGGAGAAGUAAUGGAAAGAAAAAACGAUGACAUAAUUGUAUCCCUUCAUCUAGCAGUCUUGCUUGACAAAUUAUCCUCAGAUGCAUUAAGAGAUUUCGGAUCGGUAUGGUGGGUGCAAAGUGAGCUACGUGUACUCUCAGAUCUUUUUGAGAAGAUUCAAGAAUUGCUUAAGUUUGCAGAGCAAGCUCAAGCAAAGAAUAUCUUGGUGAAACGCUGCCUUAGGAAUCUCAGAGAAGUUGCUUACCGAGCUGAGGAUAUAUUAGAUGAGUUCAUCUAUGAAGCUUGCAAGGAAAAAGAUGAAAGAUAUGGAGGUGGAAGAGAGGUACGUUUCUUGCACUUCCCAUCUAUCUUAAAUGCAAAUGGGCUUUUGCGUAAGCAAGAAAUCGUGCCUCUUAUAAAUGAUGAACUCAUAAAGAAACUAGAGGAGAUUGAGAAGAAACUUGAAGAUCACUAUCUCAGAGAGUCAUCAGGAAAUCAGAAAUCACGUGGUGGUGGUGUAAUUGAUGAAAUAUUGGAUACUAGGCCAAAGAGUGGUUCUCUAGUUGAUGAAUCUCUUACUUUGGGGAGGAAGGAAGAUGCAGAAACAAUAAAAAAUAAGUUGUUGUCAAAUCCAAAUGAAAACCAAAAACAGGUUUCUGUUAUUGCUAUUGUUGGAUUGGGGGGUGUAGGCAAGGCAACUCUAGCCCAGCUUGUCUAUAAUGAUCCUGAUGUAGAGAAACAUUUUGAAAGAAGAGCUUGGGUUUGUAUCUCUACUGGUUUCAAUGCUGUGAGAUUGACCUCUGCAAUUCUAGAGUCCUUGACUGGGGAAAAUCCUAACUUGAGCAACCUACAACCACUUCAACAUAAGUUGAGAAAUGAAUUAAGGGGGAAGCGAUUUAUAUUAAUCUUAGAUGAUGUUUGGACUGAAAAGGAAAGCGAUUGGAAAUCUCUGAGACUUGCACUCUGGGCUGCAGGGGAAGGAAGUAAAAUAAUAGUAACAACUCGAAGUAGAAGAGUUUCAUCAAUGAUGCAUCCCAUGUAUACCCAUGAUCUACAAAUUUUAUCUGAUGAAGAGUGUUGGUCAAUUAUGGAAAGGCACAUAUCUUUAAAUUAUGGCUCUAUUGCUCCCAGCCUGGUAGAAGUGGGUAGGAAGAUUGCGAGGAAGUGCAAAGGAUUGCCCUUGGCAGCAAGUACGCUUGCAGGACUAUUAAGCUCUUCUAUUUCUCCUUCUUCAGAUUUAAACCAUUGGCAAGAAUUCUUGAAUAGUUCCAUGAGGGACUUAGAAGAGAGUGAUUUGCCAGCUGCACUAAGUCUAAGCUAUUAUUUUCUUCCCACAAAUUUGAAACAGUGUUUUGCUUAUUGCUCUGUUUUUCCUAAAGAUUAUAAAUUUGAUAAGCAACGUCUCAUCCAAUUGUGGAGCGCAGAAGGUUUUAUUAGAACGAACACAAGAUUGAAAGACAAAGGUGGCCAAUAUUUUGAUGAUUUGCUGCAUAGGUCUUUCUUUCAGCACUACUAUGGAUCUAAGUAUACAUUUGUAAUGCAUGACCUUGUACAUGAUUUAGCGCAAGCAGUUUCAGGAGAGGUGUAUGAUAGAUUUGAGUGCGGGAAAUCGAGCCGCAACUCCAAAGAGACCCGUUAUUCGUCCAUGUGUUGUGUAAAUCCCAUAAACAUGGACAAAAAUCAUGAUCACAAGAAGAGGUUAUCCACAUUGAUAAGUCUACGUGGUUUUUUUUGUUUCCGCAACGAUUACCUUAUUGAAUCUUUUGGAGGACUAAGAUAUUUACGUAUCUUAGAUUUGUAUGACUCUAAAAUUAAGAUGCUUCCGGACGAUAUUGGCGGUUUGAAAUACCUACACUAUAUUAACCUCUCGGAAGCUGUUAAUAUAGAACGAUUACCCGAGUCAUUGUGCGAUCUUUUCAAUUUACAUUCACUGAUACUCUGUGGUUGUACCGGAAUACGUGAGUUACCUAGAGGCUUGAAGUAUCUACGCAAUCUCCAGCAUCUAGACCUUCAAGGGUGCUAUGACUUACGCUGCAUGCCAAAAGGAAUUGGGAGAUUAAGUAGUCUCAAGACAUUGUCAUGGUUUCCUAUCUCGAAACAUGAUGAUGAUGAUGGUUGUGGGAUUACAGAGCUAAAGGAGCUGAGGCAGCUUGAGGGCGCACUUUCACUCGAGUCACUACAAAAUGUGAUUGAUCCUCUAGAUGCUCGGGAAGCUGAUUUGAUGAGUAAGACAAAAAUUGAUGAGUUAAAAUUUUGGUGGAAUUUCAGUUCUAGUAUUGAGGUUUUUCAAAGUUUACAACCUCACACUGAGCUGAGAAGUUUACGUAUCAACAAUUAUAGUGGGUUAACAUUUCCAAGAUGGUUGAUGACCGAUUUGCCAAGCUACAACAAGCUAGUCUCUUUGACACUCGGCGGCUGCUGCGAAUGCCAAGUCCUCCCUCCGGUUGGGGAGCUACCCCUAUUGGAAUCUCUACACUUAUUAUUCAUGAAUAAGUUGGAAGAGUGGUCAUCUAGCAGUUGUAAAGGGGAGGAAAGUACUAAUGAAUUCCCUAGCCUCCUAAGUCUAACCAUUGUAAACUGUCCCGAAAUGAGGAUACUACCACAGCCGCUUCUGUCAAGUCCAAGACUAUGUGAAUUGAGUCUCUAUGGCUGUCCAGAACUCAGGAUGUUGCCUCAUGGAGGAGGACUAAGCAGACUCACCUCACUCAAAAAUCUUCGUCUUGGGGAUGAAAUGGAUGGGUUGAUGCAAUUUUUGGAUGAGACAGAAACAGAGACAGAGACAAAGACUCUACCUCCAAAUCUUAAUCGCCUUUAUAUCCACGACUGUAAAUCACUACCCAAGGGGUUGAGAAACUUGUCUUCACUGGAACAUCUGGAAGUUAGUCACGCUUUUAAUGCCCACUACAGCGCCGAGGAGCUCCCCGCAAAUGUCAUCGUUACUAAAAGUGGUUGGUAUCCUUACCUAGUUACCCAGCUCCAAACAUCUUUUGAAAACUAA